AUGCCUACCAUCAAUGUCGACAAGUAUGCUCUCUUUGAGGAGCUCGGCGAACAGUUCACCGAGGAGAGCUUCCAGCAAUUAUGCUUCGACUUCGGCAUUGAGCUCGAUAAGGACACUGAAAAUGAUCCCGCUCGGCCUAAGGAUGAGCCCCCGGAGCUCGCCAUCGAGAUCCCGGCCAACCGUUACGAUAUGCUUUGCUUCGAGGGCAUUGCAAUGCACCUGAACAUCUUCCGUGGAAAGAUUGAGACCCCUAAAUGGAGGCUGCUGGACAUCCCCGAGGAUCAAAUGCAGACCCUCACUAUCAGCAAGGAGACGGAACUGGUUCGCCCUUAUGCUGCCGCCGCCAUCUUGCGCAAUGUCACCUUCACCCAGGCUUCCUAUGACUCCUUUAUCAGCCUCCAGGAUAAGCUUCACCAGAACCUGGCAAGGCAACGUACUCUGGUUGCUAUUGGUACCCACGACCUUGAUACUAUUCGUGGUCCAUUCACAUACGAAGCCCUUCCUCCCAAGGACAUUAACUUUGUGCCGCUGAAUCAAACCAAAGAGAUCAACGGCACGGAGCUCAUGAGCUUCUACGAAAAUGAUAGGCAUCUCGGCAGAUACCUCCACAUCAUCAGGGACAAGCCAGUUUACCCUGUCAUUCUCGACGCGGAUAGGAAUGUCUGCUCCCUCCCUCCCAUUAUCAACAGCGAACGCUCCAAGAUCACCCUCAACACCAAAAAUGUCUUCAUCGACAUGACGGCUACGGAUCAGACAAAGCUCGAUAUCGUUUGCAACAUUAUGGUUACAAUGUUCUCUAAGUAUUGCGCCGAACCCUUUACUAUCGAGCCGGUUAAAAUCAUCUCGGAGCACAAUGGCACCUCGCGCAUCACCCCUAGCCUGACCUACAGGAAGAUGGAUGUCGAGGUUGACUACCUCAACGGCUUGACUGGCCUGAAGGAGUCACCUGAGAGCAUUUGCAAACUUCUGAGCAAGAUGGCGUACAAGGCUGAGCCCUCAGCGGACCCGAAGUACGUCACGGUCACGGUGCCGCCGACUCGGGCUGAUGUCCUGCACCCUUGCGAUGUGAUGGAGGAUCUUGCUAUCGCCUAUGGCUUUAACAGCCUUCCUCGCUCGACACCAAACAAGUCGGUCACAAUUGGCAAGCCACUCAUGAUCAACAAACUCAGCGACAUUGUUCGCCAUGAGUCCGCUAUGGCUGGCUGGGCGGAAGUCAUGCCACUUAUUCUCUGCUCGCAUGAAGAGAAUUUCGAGUGGUUGAAUCGCGUGGAUGAUGGGAAGACUGCCGUCAAGCUCGCCAACCCCAAGUCUAUUGAGUACCAGGUUGUGCGGACAUCUCUCCUCCCGGGCCUCUUGAAGACUCUAAGCGAAAACAAGGCCAUGCGCCUGCCGCUCCAGAUCUUCGAGGUCGCUGACGUCGUCUUCAAGGACGACUCUUUUGAGCGCAAGGCCAGGAACGAGCGCCAUUGGGCUGCUGCCUACUAUGGCAAGACCAGCGGUUUUGAAGUCGUUCAUGGCUUGCUUGAUCGCGUCAUGACUAUGCUUCGCGUGGCCUUCAUCACCCAUGAGGAGGGUCUCACGGGUAAAAGCAUCGACUUCGAAGUCCACGCAAACCCGCAGAGGGAUGGCUACUUCAUCAAGGAGACUGAUGAGCCUACCUUUUUCAAGGGCCGUGCGGCGGCCAUCUAUGUACGCCUCAAUGGCCAACUGCAGCGAAUUGGCGAGCUUGGUGUCUUGCAUCCUACUGUGCUGGAGAAGUUUGAUCUGAGAUACCCUGUUAGCACGUUGGAGAUAAAUUUGGAGGUGUUCCUAUGA